UAGUGCGCGGGUGCGUGCUUCGGCCAGCAGCAGCAGCCAGCUCUGGCAGGCGGUAGCUAGCCAGGUUGAAGACGACAAGGUCUGCGGCGUUCAUCCAUCGUACGUCUUCCAUGGCGCCGCAGCACUUCCUGGUCGUCGCGUUCCCGGGCCAGGGCCACAUCAACCCGGCGCGGGCUCUGGCGGAGCGCCUCGCGCGGGCCACGCCGGGCGCGCGGGUCACGCUCUCGGCCUCUGUGUCCGCGCACAGGCGCAUGUUCCCCUCGCUGGCGUCCCCCGACGACGAGGUCCACGACGGCGCCAUCUCCUACGUCCCGUACUCGGACGGCUACGACCACGGCUUCAGCCUCUUCGCCGGCGACGGGGACGAGGCGCAGAGGUACGUGGAGGCGUUCGGCCGCGUCGGCCGCGAGACCUUCGCGGCGGUGCUGGACCGCCUCGCGGCGCGGGGCCGGCCCGUCACGUGCGUGGUCUACGCCAUGCUCAUGUGGUGGGCCGCGGAGGUCGCCCGUGAGCGCGGCGUACCCCGAGCGCUCUACUGGAUCCAGCCGGCCACCAUGCUGGCCGUCUACUACCACUACUUCCAUGGGUACGAGCGGCUCGUGACGGAGCAUGCUGCUGAGCCGGGGUUCACGGUGUCCAUGCCGGGGCCCCCCCCGCCGAUGGCGAUCCGGGACCUCCCGAGCUUCUUCACCAAUCUUACGGACAGAAGGUUAGUUGCGGCGUUCGGGGACAUCCGCAGGACGUUCCAGCAGCUGGACCUGGACGUCGACAGUAGCAGCAGCGCUGGAGGAAGCAGGCAGCCCAUGGUGCUCGUGAACACCGUCGAAGAAUUAGAGACCAUGGCUCUCGCGUCCGUUCCUGGACUGGACGUGUUCCCCGUCGGGCCAGCCGUGGUGUCGCUCUUCACCGAGGGCGAGAGCGGCACGAGUGGCACCGCCGCCGCAGUAGGAGAUCUCUUUGAGCACGACGAAAAUGGUUACAUGGAGUGGCUGGACACGAAGCCAGCACGGUCGGUGGUGUACGUGUCGUUCGGGAGCAUGGCGGCGGUGAGCAAGCGACAGAAGGACGAGCUGAAGCGAGGCCUCGCAGCUAGCGGCCGACCGUACCUGUGGGUGGUGCGGAACAACAACAGAGGCGACGGCUUUGACGACGCCGGCGACGAGCGGGGCAUGGUGGUUGGGUGGUGCGACCAGGUGCGGGUGCUGUCGCAUCCGGCCGUCGGGUGCUUCGUGACGCACUGCGGCUGGAACUCCACGCUGGAGACCGUGGCGUGCGGCGCGCCGGUGGUCGCCGUGCCACAGUGGUCCGACCAGGACACGAACGCGCGCCUGGUCGUCCAGUGGGGCAUCGGCGUGCGCGCCGCGACCGACGUUGACAGGGUUCUGGACGCGGAGGAGCUGGCGAGGUGCCUGGAACUGAUCAUGGGUGACAGGGAGGAGGGUGCCGCCAUACGAGCGAGCUCGGCGGCGUGGAAGGCGAAGUUGCAGCAAGCGAUCGCGGCCGGCGGCUCAUCCGGUCUUAACCUCAGGACUUUCCUGGACCAAUUUGCGAAUGAUGCUUAGAAGCAUUUAUGUACUAUACGAGUCCUCGUUUUUUGUUCUGCAAUAUAAAAACCUUGAGUA